CAUAUUUUGCUACGGAAGUAGACAAAGGAGCGUUGUCAAAACCGCACGCUGCUGUCUGUUCUGUCACUUCGUAUCCUGGUGAGGAGAGAAGGUGUUACAGUGAGACUCUCUAGCCUGUCUGUUGUCACUAUGGCGCGCAUUGAAACAUCCUCCAGCAGGCCGUACCACCUGGUUAUCUUCGGAGCCUCUGGCUUUACGGGACAGUUUGUGGUGGAAGAGGUGGCCCGGACUGUGUCUGAAGGUCCGAAGGGGAACCUGAAGUGGGCCGUGGCCGGCAGGAGCAAGCAGAAACUGGAAAAAGUUCUGGAGCAGGCCGCUGGAAUCCUCAGUAAGCCUGAGCUGAGAACAGAGGUGGACGUCAUCGUGGCAGAUGUAGGAGAACCAGACUCCCUAGCAGCAAUGUGCAAACAGGCUGUGAUUGUUCUCAACUGUGUGGGGCCUUACAGAUUCUAUGGUGAGGCAGUGGUCAAAGCAUGUGUGGAGAAUGGAGCACACCAUAUUGACAUCUCUGGAGAGCCUCAGUUUCUGGAGGGCAUGCAGCUGAACUACAACAGCCAGGCAGCUGACAAAGGUGUGUACAUCAUUGGAAGCUGUGGAUUUGACUCCAUUCCUGCAGACAUGGGAGUUCUCUACACCAGAGAUCAGUUCAAGGGUACGCUGUCUGCAGUGGAGAGCUUCCUGACUCUCAACUCAGGGCCUGAGGGCGGAUGUAUUCAUGAUGGCACAUGGCAGUCAGCUGUCCAUGGUUUUGCAGACAGCCAGAAGCUCCAGAGUCUGAGAAGGAAGUUUAAUCACAAACCUCUCCCGACUGUUGGCUCAAGGCUCCGACGCAGGGGCUCAUUGUUCUUCAGUAGAGAGAUCCAGCAGUAUACGGUGCCCUUCAUGGGCUCUGAUUCCUCCGUUGUGAAGAGAACCCAGCGCUUCCUGGUGGAGGAACAUCAAGCCUCACCAGUCCAGUAUGGAACAUAUGCAGGAAUAGGAGGUGUCGGGAGCAUUAUCAAGUUGAUGUUUGCUGGCAUGAUGUUCUGGUUCUUAGUUAAGUUCAGCUUUGGACGAAACUUGCUCAUCAAGCACCCAGAGUUCUUCUCUUUCGGACUUUUCUCCAAAGCUGGACCAACCAGAAAGCAGAUGGAGGCUUCAUCCUUCCAGUUUGCCUUCUAUGGAGAGGGCUACACAGAGGACCAGGACCCCUCACAGGGAAAACCCAACGCCAAGAUCCGCACACUGGUUCAAGGACCAGAGUGUGGAUACGUGGCGACACCCAUCGCCAUGGUGCAGGCUGCGCUAACAAUCCUCAACGAACCCACAGCCUUACCCAAGAAAGGAGGCGUUUACACUCCAGGAGCUGCUUUUGCAAAAACCACACUCAUCGACCGCCUCAACAAACAUGGCAUCCAGUUCUCUGUCAUCUAAACUUCGUCACCUCGCUGAUGCCGUACUCCAGGUUUUUGUGAGCACUUACUAAUAUGCAUUAUAACAACUGGGAAGUUUCCAGCUUUAGAAGAGAGCCAUUUAAUCGCAAGAGAGAGAUGGAACACACUAAGAUGAAGUCCGAACGUUGUCUUUGAUGGUACUUUUGGCAUUUAUCCUUCUCAUGUAAUCGAAAACUUGCCAGUCUCUUUUUGGCUUGAAUGUACUAUUAACAUUCUGCUUGUAAAACAAAUAGCACAACUGUGGCAGUGUUUCUUUGCCAAGGAUGGAAAAAGAACCGUUGUGUGUAAAUGGGUUCAGCAUGGUCCUCCACUAACAUGAUUAUUGCCAAUGAAAGAGGAAUUUGGGACAAAACCUGAUUCACUUCAUCUCUUUAAACCGAGACCAUGAAAAGAUAUAAUGUUACUCUGUCAUUCCUAAAUUUAUGCAAUUGGACUGAAAGAGAAACAUGGAACUUGUAUAAGACUGGUUAGUGACAUCUUCUUUAGGUAAAUAAUCCAAAUCUGUUUAAACAGAACACAUUUUCUAAUGGGACUGCAUCCAUAACAGCUGCAUUACAAAAGUCUGGCACACAUUUAUGUUGGAGCCUGUCAGAUUUAAACAAGGUUAGACGGUUGGACCAGAGUUAUUAAUCUUGUGUUCUCGUCAAGGAUCCGUGUCACUUACCAAAUGAUAUUUUAGGCUGAUGUUAACUGUGAUGAUUUUCUGUAGCUUGGUUAAAGGAGGGGAGGUAGGUGUAAAACAGGAGCAUAGCUAUACUGAACUCCAUUAGAAGAAAAAUGUUCUUUAAAAAAGCUUAUCUGAAAAUACAUCAGAUGUUGCUGUGCAAAAAAAAGGAAAAACUAAACUUCUACACUUUUCGAUUGUUGUUCAUGUAGCAUACAUAAGUUUCAUAUGUGCAAGGUCAAUAGUAAUUAGACUACCAUAACAGUUUUACAUGUUUUGUUCUGAUUCUGGCCUGUUGAUUAGAAUCUUGUUUGCUUGGUUUCAGACAGUUAACAGUCAAACUAUCAUUUGUUGAAUGUUCCUUUUUGUCUGAAUGUUUCAGUGGUUCGCUGAUCCAAAUGUUUGCUUUAGAGCCUUGUCAGAAAAUGCAUCCAGUUGCUUGUGCACCAAACAGCAUGAGUUACUCCAUCAGACUGCACAAAUCCCUUCUCCUGAUUAGAUGUUAAGUGAGUGAAACAUUCUUUUUUCCCUCCCCAGGACUGGAAUAGUUUCACCCACAGUGAUAAAGUUGAUCUCAGUGCAGACUUGUGCAUGUGACAAGCUAUGUUGCUGUUCUUUUUCCUGGUUAUGUUUUGGUGUGCUUUGCUUUGUGAGGGACUCAUAAAUAAAGCCAACUCUGCAAGUA